AUGUCUGAAAGUGUAAAACGCGGUUUAUUCAUAGUUUUUGAAGGCGCCGAGAAAUGCGGCAAGAAGACACAAUCAGAACUGUUACAAGAAGCAUUAACUCAAAUCACAGGGAAAUCAGCGCUACUCAUUCAUUUCCCUGACACGACUACACCAAUUGGAAAAAUACUGGCUGAAUAUAAUGAUGGAAAACUUCAAUUGGAACCGCAUGUUGCUCAUUUACUCUACACAGCUAACAGAUGGGAACGUCAAGAUGAAAUUUCUGCUGCUCUGAAGGCUGGUAUCAGUGUUGUUGUCGAUCGUUACAGUUAUUCGGGUAUCGCGAAUACAGCCGCCAAGUUUCAUCCACUCUCAGAAGCUGAUUGGCAAUGGUGUCGUUCCACAGAGUCUGGUCUACUGCAACCUGAUUUUAUAUUUUGUCUUGCACCAGAAAAUUUCGCUGAAAUUACAGUACGUGAUGGAUUUGGUGAAAAGAAAUUUGAGACACCAGAUUUUCAGAAACAAGUUCUUAUCAAUUAUGGUCGUUUGUCGCGUGAAAUGGAAGCCGAGUUGAAUGAGACUGCUGGUGUUGGUGAUGCUGCUGCUGAAACGAAAGAGUCAGAACCACGACUGUGGCAUUGGAUACCAGCAACUGGACAAACUGUAGACGAUACUCAUUCAUGCAUUAUGGCUAUCAUCGAUCCAAAACUAUAG